AUGCGCGUCCUUAUUGCUCUUUGCCUUGUUGCUGCCGUGAGUGCCAGGAGUGGCUACAACUACCAGCCUGCUGCCUCGGCGCCCAUUGCCACCUCCUUUGCUCCUUCCGGCUCCAGUUACUCCGCCCCCGCGGUGGCUGCUAGCCAGGAUGCCCCCGCCGAGACCUAUGUGCCAGUGGCCGCUCCCGAAGCUGCUCCCUCCGCUCCAGUGGCCACCAGCUAUGCUGCUCCUGUGGCCGAGCUGCAGAAGGAGUUCUUCACCUUCACCGCCGACGAGAGCGACUUCAACGAACCAGCUGGCUCCGAGCAGGUUUCCGGCUCCUUGAACAAGGCUCUCCGUGUGAUCUUCAUCAAGGGACCCGAGAAUACUGGUCUGGAGAACGCUGCCGUGGCUCUGGCCAAGCAGGCUGGACAGCAGGAGACCGCCAUCUAUGUGCUGAACAAGCAGGCUGAUAUCGGUGAUCUGAGCAACAAGUUGAAUGCCAUUCGCAACAACAACAACAACAAGCCAGAGGUUCACUUCGUGAAGUACAGGACCAACCAGGAUGCCGUGAAUGCCCAGCAGGCCAUCCAGUCGCAGUACGAUCAGCUGGGAGGAUCCUCGACCAUCCAGAACGGAGGAGUUGCUCCCGUCCUGAACUUUGCCUCCCAGCCUGCCGUCCAGCAGGUGGCCGCUCCCUCGGCUCCUGGCAGCUCCUACCUGCCCGCUUCGGUCCUCCGUUUCCGCCAGUAGAGUCCCCAAAUCUCAGACCCCCAGACUGACCAAUCCAUGAUCUAAACCAUCAAACGAUUCCUACGCACUCGCACUGCGACUAACAUGUUGCCUAGUUUGUAAAUCUUUCGAAUUUCGAGAU